UUGUAGCAAAAAAGAGAUUUGAAUACAGUAGAAAUUUCUUGAGUAGCAUACACGUUUUGAUUCAUACGAUAAUUAAAGUGACUCAAUUUUUUUGUAUUCAGUUUACUUUUGAGAAAAAUAUUCCGUUUUAUCAAAAAAAAUUUGCUAAAAAAAUUACAAAAUUGAAUUCCUAUUAGCGACCACUAGAAAACAAUGAUUUCUGAUAGUGACGAUGAAGACGAUGGCUAUUCACGCCUCGCUCCCGCCAUCCAAUCACCUUCAAAUGAACAAGCAGGGGGAUCAAAACAGUAUUUACAGAUCCCCAAACAAACAACAAGCAAAGAGAAUUCCUCUCAAUCUGAUACCAAACCAACAUCGUCUAGUGCAGCUUACAUGGAGAUAACAGAAAAUACAACAAUGGCUCAACCUGAUGCGAGGGGGGUUGUUCGACCCCCCAAACAGUUCUUACCCAACGCAAGUCGGGAAAAGUCAUUCAGUAAUGUGAAUAAUGAUCACGUGUCUGAUGGUCACGUGACAGCCAACGAGGCAAAUCUGCGUGUAAUGCUUGAAGCGGAAGAAGACCCGACAUACAGUGAGCCGAAAAUAGAUGUUAAGACGAAAAGGACACUGAGAAGGAGCUCUUCUGGUGGCAUUUAUGAUUCUGUGAUUGAAGUUACGCGACAUGACAGGUACGCGCUGUAUGUCCUGCUGUCCAGGUGUAUCGCCCUUCCCUUCAAUGCUGAGAAACAGACCAGUCUGUCUGAUAAGAUGCAACACACUCUCACCCCAGUCCAAUUCGAACACAUCAGGUCAAGGGUCACCAACUUCCUCAGAGGUGACCUAAACGGGAUUCGAAGUGUGGACAAAACACUGGCUGACUUGAUUGAGAACUUCUUCGACAAAUACAUGCGGCUUUACAGUGUGCAGAAAUGUGUCAAGAGCGGAGCGAUGACGAUGGCGGAAUUGAAAGAUGUGUUUGCUCUGAAUGUGUCCAGACAGGUGGAGAACAUGGGCUUCCGGGAUGUAUCCAGUGCUGACCAGCUAAAGAACAAGUGGAACUCAUUUUUCCACCUCAUCAUUGAAGGAGAUCGAAGUCAGAAGGCGUCGGAUGUGUCUGCGCUGUCCUAUAACAAGGAGAAGAUGAUGCUGGAACUGAGACUGGUUCUCAAGAUCAGGACUCAGAUACACAACAAAUUGGCCACACUCAUGCAGCUCAACAAGCAGCCUAAAUUGAUCUCUCUAGUGAAGGCAGAGCUGAGAGAGCGGAAACAAUGCGAACACGACCCAGAGAUGUUUAAGAUGCCGGUGAAUUGGGCGAAUGAAGACAUGGAGUAUGACGUGGUGCGGGAGUUGAGCAGACAGACGGAUGACCUCAUGAAGAAUUUGGAGUCAGUAGAGGCUAGUCAGAACGAUCACAUGGCAGACGAGUCACACGGCGAACUCAAGAGAUAUCUCUCCCGGAUGAACUACAAAAUACGCAAGUCCAAAACAUGGAUGGAAGAAAGAGCCAGCUACUUUGGAUCCCCUGAUGCUGACUUUGCAAUGGGAGCUGUGAUUCCAGUAUUCACUGUUACAGUGAAGAUAGAACACAUGCGUGAUGUGGCCGUGAACUUCACCCGUUCCAAGUGCAUGAGUAUAGCCCAUCUCAAAUCGGCCAGAGGAAAAGAUAACACCCGGCGACUCAAUCUGGAACCCACUCAUGACCCAAGUUAUUUGGAAGGUGUGAAUGAAGAAGCAACCUUCUCCUUUGGCGGUCCCCGCCCUCUGCUCGAAGUCUCCUUCUGCACCUUCAGGAAAGAGGGGCCGAUUGGGAAGUCACUGGCUGCCACACACAAACUAGCCAUUGCUCAGUUCCAGAUAUACCCGGACAGAAUUGAGGCCAACCCGGACUUCCCAGAGUACAAACUAGUGUACCAGUUGGGCGCAAAGAGAGAUGUGAAGAUGAUGCCACUGAAGAAAACUUUUCCCCCUCUCACUUGCAGUCUCUCCAUCUCCUUCGGCAUCCCAGAAAACGUCAAGUGCACAGGUGAACUCUUCAUUUCCUCGAAGGAAAUGACGAACAAGACGUGGAAGAGACGUUACGUCAUACUCCUCGAGGCAUCCAGAGCUAACUUUGUGCUCAGUUGCUACAAGGACAACAGUGGCCAGCCUACGGACGUUCUGCCCCUGGAUGGUUUCACAGUGGACUAUUUGAGUUACGAGGACGAGGCCAUGGAUGAUGUGGUGGAGUAUCCGAAAAUCAAGGAUCUCCCAGAAGGAACUCUGUCCUCCCAACUGUUCUACUUCUCAGCAAAAAGAGGGAAACUUAAGGUUGAGUUAGGUGCAUUGACCAGUGACGGCAGAGAUCUAUGGCUGGAUAAGUUAUCCUCAGCUACCAGACAGACAUUCAAACCAGAGCCACCCAUGGAUCUGGACAACUCAGCCAACGACGUCCAAACGCCAAAAGACCAGGCCAUAAUCAAUAUGGAGGAGAUAGAAAUGUACAGUAGAUUGAGUUACUUGUCCCCCUCGGACGAAGUGGACACCCACCGUCUGUUCACCAUUCUCCUCGAGAUACUACUCGAUCACAAGAUCAAAGACCCCUACAGGUCCAUGGGCUGGUACACAGCUGGCCAGGAACUGAUGAUAGAUGAGUUCUGCAUGCGAUAUGGCAUCAGGUGUACUGAGAAGUACCUCCAAUACCUCAAAAUACUCCUCAGAAGGGCUCUGGAGGGAUCCCCAAUUGACCCCUCUCUCUUGCAUCUCGCAUUCGUGUGUACCAGUGCGUCCUUUAGAGAGAUCAAACUACCCGCUAUGACCUCAAAUGUUAACCCCCUGCUUGGUCUGUUCACCCAAGACGAGUACGACUGUUUCUACCCGGAAGAACAACUCCCGGUGGACAAACUGCUCAAUGGGGACUUCCAACAGAUCACAAGUGACUUCAAGGCGGCCAUAGAGGAGAACUUACUAGAGACACUUGUGGGAUAUUUGCUGUCCAAAAUAUCCAACUUCACAACAAUGUUUCCAUUUGGCAAGCCUUCAGGAGUCCUGGAGUCAUGCAUCGCCUUCUUGGAAAGGAUUAUGAACGAAACGAACCCAUUCGAAAAUUCACGCAAAGACCCUUAUGCUCACGUAGUGGCCAAUCGAGUGACCAGUCGAAGCCUGGCUGAGAUCAUCGAGAUGUCACAUGCGAAUGGGAACUCCAUAACUGCCCAGAAACAGAAACAACUCAAAAAUAAGGCAACUACAGGGAAACUUUCUUCCGCAGAAGGUCAAGGAAGUGGCAAAAACCAAUCAGACAGAGAAGGAAUGAUGACGCACAUUGUGUUACUGAUGGUGGAAACCUGUCUGACUAAAGCGGCUGCUGCCGAUUUCAAUCAUCUAUGCUCUUAUAACUCAAUUAGCGAUGACACUGCAGCUAAAUCUGUGACUGAGUCGAUUGAAGAGUUCAAGCGGUUCUUCGGGAGGAUCGCAGAGCACUUGCAGACAGUUGAGACAUUCUUUGUGGAGAGUUUCAAGUCGUUCCCUGGCCAGCUGAAUCUCUAUCUGGAGACAGUGGUGUGUAUGUUCUACAGCAGAUUCAACUCCUUCAUGCAGACCAUGCCACUCGACUGCUGGCAUCUAUUCUCAGUCUACCAACAGAUCAACACUUUCUUCAUGCAAAGUCGUCUUCUGUGUCGAGGUCGGUUCCAUCGCCAAUUGUGUGACCUGUUCGGCCCAGUGGUAAUCAGAUACAUGGACACGACUGAGUCAUCGAUCGCACACUCAUACACCAAAAACAUACAGACAGAGAAAUGGAUUUCACAGGGGUCUAGCACCCACUCGAGUGAAGACGUGUUCUGGAAGGUGCGAGCACUGAAGAACUUCAUCGAUGAUCUCAAGUGGCCGAAUGAGGAGUUCAGCCAACAUCUCUCCUUCCGAAUGAUGUUCCUAGCGAGUAACGUAAUUGACGCGGUUGUGAAGGAUGCAGCUAAGGCGUUUCAUCAGAAGUUGAAUGCCAUCCCGAAAACCAGAGCAGCCCUGCUGACUCCAGACUUGUGUGUCACUAUCAAUGUUUUGACCAGAUCAGAUGACAUUAUAACCAGUCUACGACUUCAGAAAUUUCUGGCAAAAACAAUGAAAUCGCAACCUGUUGACACAAACAAAAACUGG